AUGCCGGAUGUGCUCACCAUCUAUACAAAGAAAUUUAGGAGACAGGUGGUACAAAAAAUGCAGAGUCUGGCUCGACUGCACGGGCUUUUCGUGACCUACAAGCUCCCAGGGCUAAAAUGGGAACACCUGUGGAACAUGGUGAAGCUACAGGUUUUGAAGAGUCUCAGUGCUAGGAAACCUCCUGCCCCUGAACAGCAUGUUCACUUCUUACUGGGCUUGGUGGUAGACAGCAACGACAAGGAACUGACUCUCACAGCCACUAGAGUGCCUGCCCUCACCAGCCAUCUACUGGUUGGAGGACAAAAAUUCACCAGUUUGAAAGUUGAUAUAGGGCACUGGCCAGAAGCCCUGGAUUCUGGGGUGCUUGGGCUUGGUAUGGUCCAAGGGUGCAGGCUUCUCUCCAACAUGUAUGAUGCUCAUCUCACCAAGGAUUACACAUUGCAUGGCAUCCUGGGCAAAGCCAUAGAUGACAUCUGUGAGGAUAGGCGGCCUUUGGAGAAGACGACGUAUGGUGAGAGCCCACAAGAGCCCAGGGCCAGGGGCGGGGCCAACUAG